CCACCAGCUCCAGUUAGGCAGCUAAAGGCGCGUGCGGCUGCUGCCAAGUACAGGAGCGGCGCCGGCGCCGCACUCGCCUUAGAGAGGAGGUACCGCGAUUCUUCCCAGUACUUCCGGUGAAUUCCCGGUGCCGCCAGGGCCAGCCGGAAAUGGAAAGGCACAAAGUACCGAGCCGGCUGGGGCCAGAAAGUGGCUACGCAAGGAACCAACAUUAGAGGUCGGGGCCGGAAGGAGAAGUAGGGCGCCGCCAUGACGUGUUGGGUCUAAAGGGAACGGGGCUGCCUGUCUGCUCUGCGACCGGGAAAAUACAGGGCUGGGCUGGGCGCCGCCAUGACAACCUGAUACCGGAAAAGGCGGGGCUAUCCUCCCUCAUUGAUCCUCCUCCGGCAUCGGCCUCAAGAUACUAUCACGUCCCACAGGCAGGCGGCCCUGGAGAUCACUGCUCGCUAUUGUGGCCGGGAGCUGGAGCAGUACGGCCAGUGUGUGGCAGCCAAGCCUGAGUCAUGGCAACGAGACUGUCACCACCUUAAGAUGAGCAUUGCUCAGUGCACGUCCGCCCACCCAGUCAUCCGGCAGAUCCGCCAGGCCUGUGCGGAGCCUUUUGAGGCCUUUGAGGAAUGUCUUAGACAGAACGAGGCAGCCGUGGGCAACUGUGCAGAACAUGUGCGCCGCUUCCUGCGGUGUGCCGAGCAGGUGCAGCCGACACACACACCCUCUACCGCAGAGGCACAGCCACUUCCUGCCUCCUGAGGACCCUUCAGACCGUAGGAGAACUGGACAUGAGUGACUGCACUUGAUGCCUCCAGCCCUGAAGAGUGGCCAGGUGGAGUCCUGAGGGCUGUGGACAUGGGCCUGGGUUCCCUGGACAUCAGGACUCACAAUAAAUAAAGACU